UUCAAUUUGGGGGAUUAGAAAUACUCUCUCAUCAGAGUCUCAAAACAAAUUGAGUGUAAAAGCAAGCAGAGAGAGAGAGAGGAGGGAUGAUGAGAGCAGUUGACGGUGCGAUUCGGAGCGUGCAUACGGCGGUCAAUAGCCCUCGCCUAACCAGAAUCUCUCUUCGCGCUCCUAAAUCGGUGGAGGUCGAAUUUGAUGAUGGCAGUGCAUAUAAUCUGUCGGCUGAAUAUUUGCGAGUAUAUAGCCCUGCAGUUGAUAGUAAGAUCAGAUCAGUCGGAGGAGAAAAGGUUAUAGCCGGGAGGCGUCAUGUUGGGAUCAUGUCUGCAGAACCUGUGGGAAACUAUGGGGUGAGAUUACUUUUCGAUGACUUGCAUAAAACAGGGAUCUUCACAUGGGAUUAUUUUUAUUAUCUUGGUAGCAACAAGUUUUCGCUCAUGAGAAACUACCUUGAAACCAUUAAGAAACACGGCCUUAGCCGUGACCCAAAACCAAGGAAGUGAAGUGUGUACUUCUAGGUGUCAGUUUGAAUGCUGGAGAAGAUCGACUGAGGCCCUUUGAGAGUGGGGAGAUAGGAUGUUCGUUCUUUUCAAUUAAGAUGAAUUGUCCGGAGUCAUUCUUCAUUCAAGAUCCUUGAUCUGCUGCAGGUGACGUAGAUUACAUUAUGCCCGAUUACAUUCUUCAAUCUUGUACCAAAUGAAAUUUAUGUUAUCUGUAGACUACCAAAUAAUAUGACACUGCUAAAUAGCUAAGAAUCUGAGAUGUUGCCCUCAAGAUUUUUGAAAACAUAGAAUUCCAUAAUCUUUGGCAAUGACAAUUUUUUUUCUCA